CAAGAAGGCAGCCAAGGCAGCCGCAGCCCCGGCCCCAGGAUCCGCCCCGAAGGCGAAGCCCCUACCGUCUGCCCACCGCCGCUUCUUCGCCACCAGGACUACCCCCUGCCCCAUCGCCAAUGCCGAAAGGCUGUCGGCAACCCUUCCCCGCCUCUUCGGUCAAGCUCUGGCCCGAAGCCACCAAGUCGCCCCUGUCACCUCCCUCACCGUCACCAUCAACAACAGAGGCACAGUCUCUGUUACCGCUCCUCCCACCGUCCCAUCAACGGUCUACGUACCCUUCUUCGAGGCCCUCACCACGAUCCUGAACGUGGAGGUAGCCUCCCCAGAAAACCCCUUCACCACCUUCCGCACCGCUCCCACCAACGUCGAUCUCGCCAUCCAUGGCGUCCCCCUCUACGAGCUCCCUAACCAGGAAUGCCUAGAGGAGAUCCUGCCCUCCGCGCUUAAACUAGCCGUUGGCAUCACCCCCGCUGCCGUCCGUUUCCUAAACACGAACGAAACCUCCCGCUCCUCCAAGGCCACCACCUCUGUCAUCGUCUCCGUGACGGCGGAAGAGGCAGCAACCAUUGGAACCACCAUCCGCCUCUUCUCCCGCCCCAGACGCUGCAAUGUCAUGUGGCGAGCAUCCUCCACCACACAAUGCAGGAACUGCUGCAAACUAGGCCACGCCACCCAGGGAUGCAGGUCCCCCGUCGCCUGCCCCCUGUGCACCCUCCCCCACAAACUCCAAGACCACCGCUGCCCAGUUGCCACGUGCAAAGGAGCAUCGACGCCUCUUGAAAACUGCUGCGAAAUCUCUCCCGCCAAGUGCGUCAACUGCAACGGGACCCACCGCUCCUUCGCCCCAGCCUGCCCCAGCAGGAAACCCACCACUCCCCCGACCCCCCCCAACCCCCAGACCGCGAUGGAAAUCUCAUAA